ACCAGCUACAUCGAUCCCAUCAACCCGUGCGGGACAUAAUCUAAACACAUAGUUCCUGCGGAAAAUCAGCGUCAGAAACACCUGUGUGCCACCAGUAUGUACUCCAAAAACAAGACGAUUCCUCUGCGGGGUAGUGCCAGCGCACUCUGCAACAACCUGGCCCUGAACCGCAUCCCCGAGAAGAACCUGACGACCCACGCCGUGGUGCACCGAUCAGCGGUAAACCUGGUGACGGUGUCCGGGCCGGCCACGGGGGAGGGGCAGCAGAAUUUCCACCACAGACAGGUGACAUGCAGGGAGGCAGGGCAGCACACGGGGUCCAUGGUUCUACAGGCCAAAUGGUGUCAACUGGCAACAAGAAACCUGCUUGUCAUUACAUCACAGAAGGGAGUGCAGAUAUUUGAACAGGAUGGUGCUAUCAUGGUUUUCUGGCAUGCCCUGGGAGCUGCAGAGAGUGUCAGUGGAUACAGCACUUUUGCAAGAGGCGUGGCACCAGUUGCAGGAAACCUCAUCUGUGUUGGCACUUCCUCGGGCAAUGUGCUGUGUUUCAACAUUCCUCCCAAGGGUCCCAACGUGACGUUAACAGAGACCAUGAAGGGCCACUCCUCUGCUAUCACUGACAUCACCAGUACAGGGCACACAGGUGAUACUGUGGUCACGGCUGACGACAGCGGGAAUAUCAUUGUGUGGAAGGGACCAAAGUUUGUGGAAGUGACACGGAUCUCUGGGAGCCGGAACCCAGCCUGCUGCGUAUGUCUGUGGAAGGACACAGUUAUCGCAGCAUACAGUACUGGUCACAUCCGCCUCUUCGGAGUGGAGACCGGUAACAUCCACGCCGAGGUGUGCGCUCAUGCUCGCUGGAUCAGCGCUCUGGACAUUUUACCUGAAUCUGGACAGCUUUUAUCAGCAAGUGAAGACUCAUAUGCUCGUAUUUGGCAGCUCAAAAAGGGUAACACAACAGAGGUGGAACAUGUCCAUUCAGAAUGUGUGACAGACAUCCAGCUGUGUGGAGCCAAGUUCACCAGUCCGGAAGGGAAGGCCUUCGCCGUGACGGGAUACGACACAAACGAGAUCAUCUACUAUGUGCAGAACUAAACUUCAUGUGCAAGAAUACUCUCAGUAUCACAAACCAAGUGACAGGGUUUUAACUCCAGUAUGUGCAUUGAUGUUGGAUGUAGUCCCUUUUGGUUUUUAACCAGGACAGUUAUGAUAAUUUUUCACUUCAUCAUUGAAUGCGGGAAAGAGCGAUUAAGGGUCUAGAGAUUCACCUUGUGCCAGAAAAGAGUGAAAUUACUCUUACAUUUUGAUAUCUGCAGAAUGUGGUUAAAAGAUGCAUGGCCAAAUUCUGUAUGCAGCAACAGUAGGUUGUUUUAGACCUAAGGCCUAGAGCAUACAUGUAAGGCCUUGUGUUUGGAUAUUAUGUAUGAAGCAACCUUUGAAGUGUUGUUAAAGACAUAUGGUGUCCUUGCCAGAAUCAUACAGUGGCCUGAAACAAUGGAAGGGAAUACUUGAGGGUAAAAAGAUAACUUCUCAAAAGAAAUCGUCUCAAUUUUAUUGAUGUACUAGCCAGCCUUGUUAGUAUGAGUGUCUGAGUAAUAUUUAUCAAUCUUUUUUGGUUGUUUAGUUGUUGCAAGGAGCUUUCAUCACACUUGUAGAACGUCCUUGGUUGUUGCACCCAUUUUGUCCACUAUGAAUGUUUAUAGGAUAUAUAUUUUUGUUGUGGAGUUGAUUGAUCACGGUGGAAGUCUUGGUGAAUUAGAAGAUCACGUGUAGAUAUGUGUAUGGGACCAAUACCAGAAGAUACUUUAGAACUGAGAGCCAAGGUGCUAUGUGUUUUGUGUAUAGUACCUUUAGCCAAUUGUGUUAUGUUGUAGUACAGUAGCCUGGGUACCAUCCGGAUUUUCGCUCC